AUGAGCCAGCUCAGACAGGAUAUCCGCAUUUGCCUGCUGUACGAGUUCAAGCUUGGAAGCAGUGCCGAAGUCGCACUCAAGAACGUGGAGAGAGCGUUUGGCGAGAAGUGUACAACCAUUUCCACUGUGAAUAAAUGGUACAGCAGGUUCGAACGUGGCAUUGAAUCUCUGGAGAAUCAAUUAGGAUCGACUGUGGUAGACGACGAUGCCUUGGAAAAAAUGGUUUGCGACUAUCCAUACAUGACAAAUGCCGAUUUAGCAAGAUAUUUCGGUGUAAAUGCUGGAACAAUCACUAGACAUUUGCAGAACAUUGCACAAGGCCGAAAAAUGCUGUGCCGUCUAAGAGAACCUCGAAAGUUUCGGAAGUGUACCAUCAGUGCACGUGAUCGUUACGUUAUUCGUUGCGCUGAUUUAGAGCUGGAAUCAGAAGUCAGCGGAGAAGGGACAAGUGCUGAGACCACAGAAGAUGAGCUAGAACUUCUCAUCCAAGCUGGAUUUGGAACGACGAUGAGUUCAGGAUGGAAUGACAACGGUGUGUGCAGCGAGAGAUCAAGAGCGGAUGUCGCUUCAGACUCGCAACCGAACUGCAGUGGAAAGGAGAGAGAAGUGAUGAGCACAGCGAGUCAAGUACAGCCGCCCAGGCGAGCCCCUAAAAGAAGUUGGAGUCCAAAAAUUCCGCUGAAGGAUUAUGAACUGAGAGAAGCUUUGAUGCCUCUAGAGAGACCUAAAAAUCGUGUUGUUGUAAGAAGAAUGCCAGAACAAAGACGAACCCAAUUUGUAUUACCUGCCAGACAGGAAAAACCUGAAGAAAAAGCUCCUGAUAAGACGAAUGUCGUUCUGUGCCCCAGUGAUGACAAAAAACCUGGAGGU